AUGUUCCACGCGCAGUCACUCGCGGUCCUUGGCAGAUGUCUCAAAGCUCAGGCAGAGAAGACCGACCAUGAUUCGGAUUGGAAUCUGGCCGUCCAGGCCUAUGAAGAUGGGGCCGCAUGUCUUGAGUCGCCCGUAUAUUAUCGAAUUUGUGCCGCCGAUGAUGGUGGGAACUAUACCUACAGUCGCGAUCCCGCGCGAGCCUUUCGCCUAUUCGAGACGGCCGUUGAUCUUCUUCCUCUCCUUAGCCCUGCUUCCCUUAAUCUGGUCGACAGGGAGCACAAUCUGGUUCACUUUGAUAAUAUUGCAUGGUCAGCUGCCUCCGCAUGCUUGGAUGUGACAGGCGAUGUCUACAAGGCAAUUCGCUUAUCAGAGAUUGGUAGAGGCAUCGUUGCAAAUCUUCGACUUAACCUCGACACUGACCUCACCGCUCUCGAGGAAAAACACGACCAGCUUGCCGAGGAAUUUUUCCGUGUUCGAUCAGGGUUGAGCUCCACUAUUUCAUCUAUGGAAGAAAGUCUCAGAAACGCAUCGACAAACGCCCGUGACGCUCGACUUCAAACGGAGAAGUUCAAUUCGAUACUUUCCAAGAUCCGCAGUGAACGCGGAUUUGAGAGCUUUUUAGACUGUCCAACCGAGACUGAACUACGAGAUUUGGCUCAGCCAGGACCACUUGUCCUAUUCAGUGUAACAAGAUUACGGUCUGAUGCGCUGUUGAUAACCAAGGAUAGAUUGAAGUCUGUGGCCCUGUCGAAUUUGGCGUACCCUGAUGUGUUGAAAUACGCCGAGCAGUUCAUCGACGCUGUCACGACGCGCAUUCUCACGUGGCUGUGGGACGUCGCUGUGGGCCCAGUCCUUGAAGAGCUUGGAUACACGACUACGCCAAAAGCUGAUGAUGAAUGGCCCCGGAUAUGGUGGAUUCGUUCCGGCGUAUUCAGCCUUCUCCCACUGCAUGCUGCCGGCUACCAUGAUACGGAGCCUCGUGUUUCUGCUAUCGACCGAGUGAUAUCGUCCUACACGCCUACUAUCAAGCUCCUCCAGCAUGCGCGAAGACCCAUGAAGCCGAUAUCUCCUGGAAAGCAGAAGAUUCUUGUCUUAGGGAUGCCGAAGACCCCCGGCCAAGACGAUCUCCUUGACGUUGUCCAAGAAGUUUCGGAGCUCACAGAUAUGUUUCCCCCUGAGCCAGCUACAACUGUCAAGAUGAAUCCGACCUGCGAUGAGGCACUAAGUUUCCUUGGAGACGCAGAUAUAUUGCACUUUUCAGGUCAUGGGAUCUCGUCUACUGUAGAUCCAUUGAUGAGCUGCCUCCUCAUGCAAGACUGGCAGACUAAACCCUUGACAAUUUCUCACCUGCUCCGUCUCAACUCAUUUAGGGGACAGUUUGCCUACCUAUCUGCUUGCCACUCAGGUGGCUCCCCAAAUAGUGGGCUCAUGCUCGCGGAUGAGUCUCUCCAUAUAUCCUCUGCAUUCCAGCUGCUCGGAUUUCGUACAGUAGUUGCAACGCUUUGGCACUGCCAUGCAUAUCACUCCAAGACAAUUGCGAGACACCUUUACAAGUACAUGCUAAACGAAUCGAGGACUGUGCUUCCACAAAGGACCGCGCUUGGGCUGCAUUACGCAAUCAGAGAACUGCGAGAUGAGCUGCGGAAGAUGGCCGGCACGCGGAAACUGAAGCCAGAUGAUCCUUUGAUAUGGGCUGCCUACAUUCAUACGGGUGCAUGA